UACUAGCAAAACAAAUAAAUAGUAGGUUGAAUGCUCAACUGGUACUAGCAAAACAAAUAAAUAGUAGGUUGAUUGUUCAACCGGUACUAGCAAAACAAAUAAAUAGUAGGUUGAAAUGUUCAACCGGUACUAGCAAAACAAAUAAAUAGUAGGUUGAAACAUUCAACUGGUACUAGCAAAACAAAUAAUUAGUAGGUUGAAAUGUUCAACUGGUACUAACAAAACAAAUAAUUAGUAGGUUGAAUGUUCAACCGGUACUAGCAAAACAAAUAAAUAGUAGGUUGAAUGCUCAACUGGUACUAGCAAAACAAAUAAAUAGUAGGUUGAAUGUUCAACUGGUACUAGCAAAUCAAAUAGUAAAAUAUUGUAGUAAACUGACAUGAUAGUGUUGGUUGGUACUAACGAUAGGCUCUUGUUAUAGGUCGUCCAAAAUGUCCCAGGUACCACCAUUGGAGCCUUUUGACUGUGAAGGCGAUGCGGCUACCUUAGGUUUGCGGUGGGAAAAAUGGAAGAGGGGGUUCGAACUGUACUUAGUGACAUUAAACAUAACCCAAGCCGAAAAACAAAGCGCUGCGUUGCUCCACGUGGGGGGUCUAGCUCUCCAAGAUAUAUAUUAUAACAUCCCUGACGAGGUAGUUUCCGAAGAGGAGAAAGAUAAAGUAGACGUUUAUAAAUCGACAAUUAAGAAGCUAGACGGGUUCUUUCUACCCCACCAAAAUAAAACAUAUGAAAGACACCUAUUUCGGCAGUUAAAGCAAGAACAAGGUGAAACCUUCGAAAAGUUUUUAGUACGCCUUCGGCGUCAAAGUAAUAAAUGCAAGUUUUCCUGCGUGGAAGACAACCUAAUUGACCAAAUAGUGGAAAAAUGUCUUUCUAAGGAUCUCAGAAAGAAAAUCUUAACUCUAGGCGAUUCGGUCACACUUGCCAAAAUAAUUUCGGAAGCAAACGUGGUUGAGGCAGUAGAUAGACAGCUAAACGAUUAUGGGCAGCAGCUACAGCCAACGUCCAUUAACAAAAUAGAUACGAAACGACGGCCUUUAGGGAAUACAGGAUGUUCAAGAUGUGGCAGUGCGUCUCACACUGGAGAUAGUAAUAUUUGUCCCGCCAAGUCAAAAAAAUGUCUUAAGUGCGGUUUCGAAGGACACUUUAGGAACCAAUGCAAAACUAGAGCUUCCAAAAGGAAACCUCCCACCCAAAGCCCGAUUACGGCCAAGAAACCUCGUCUGACAAUGAAAAAUGAGGAUAAACCGAAGCCUAAGACACUCCCUCAGAAAACAAAUGUCGAUUAUAUCUUCCAUAUCGACAACGAUGAAACACUUAAAUGCCAUGUAGGAGGAGUGGAAAUAGAAUUAGUCAUCGAUUCGGGCAGUAAGAGUAACAUUUUGAGCGUGUCAACAUGGGACUAUUUGAAACAACACAAUGGUUAUGUAAUGAAUCAGGUAGCUGAGCCAGAUAAAAAUUUCAUUGGUUAUGGCGGCAGCGCACCGUUGACAGUUAUUGGAUCUUUUGAUACUGAUAUCCAAGUAGGCGACCAACUGCAGACAGGGACAUUCUACGUCGUUAAAGAAGGCACGCGAGACCUGUUAGGAAAGGACACCGCGAUUGCCUUGAAAGUUCUGAAACUUGGGAUAGAAGUAAAUUCGGAAUGACGAAACGGGGCAGGAGCUACGAAGGAACAUCGUCCAUCUAAAGAGAGUAGAAGGGAAAUGGGAGGUGUCUAGAGAAGAGGAACCCGGUGAUCCUGAAGACCUUAGUGAUUGUAGUAUGGACGACACCUAACUAAACUUGAUUGCGUAAAUUUGUUAGAGAGAUUAUUGAGUUAGCCUUGAGUGAUUAUAUUAAAUAAUUAAAACUAUUAAAUUUGCAACCUUGAUCUGAUUUAAAUGGUUGAGCUAAAUAAUGUAUACGGCAUAUACACACACUGCACAUUAGUGUGAGAAAAUUGUAAACCCUUAAUUAAUAUUUAAUUUGUGAAAAGGAAAGAGAUGUGACGAUUAAACGGUAAACGGUAUAGCGGCGGGGCAGGCCGCGCGGGGGGAGGGGCGCUUGUCAGCUGUCACUCUCCGCGUGCGGGCAUGACCCGGUGGCUAUUUCCAACCUUUA